UGAGCAUGCCCAGUGUGCGUCGGGCAUGCCUGAGGUGUCCGGUUGGUGCCGGUUGUUGCCGGCGUGGCUCCUGCUCCCCAGUCUGGUCCUGAUGGCCGUGUGCUCGCCGCACGCCGCCACCGUUGCCGCGGGAACCGCCUGCGCGCCGCGCUGCUACUGCUCGGAGGCCGAGGGCAAGACAGUGCGCUGCAGCCACCUGCGUCUGACCCGCGUGCCGCCCGGGAUCCCCAACGACACGCGCCGCCUCUACCUGGACUACAACCAGCUGGCUUCGCUGCCCACCGACGCCUUCCUGGGGCUGCCCCUGCUGGCCGAGCUGGACCUGUCCCACAACGAGCUCGCUGUGCUCGAGCCCGGCGCCUUCCGGGGACUCGCGUCCUCCCUCAAGUUCCUGGACCUGUCGUCCAACAGGCUGGCCACGCUGAACCCGGAGGCGUUUGAGGGCCUGACGGCGCGGUCCAACCUGACGGGGAACCCGUGGCACUGCGACUGCGCCCUGCAGAGCACCCUGCCGCAGCUCGACCUGGAGCCCGUCUCCCUGACGGGCAUCGUGUGCCACACGGCCGACCCGGCCGAGUCCGGCGCCGAGGGCCAGUCGCUGCUGCUGACCAAGGAGCUGGACCUGUGCGUGGUGCUGAAGAAGACCACCGACGUAGCCAUGCUGGUCACCAUGUUCGGCUGGUUCGCCAUGGUCAUCUCCUACCUGGUCUACUACGUGCGCGCCAACCAGGAGGACGCCCGGCGGCACCUGGAGUACCUCAAGUCGCUGCCCAGCCGCCAGGGCAAGUCUGAGGAGUCGUCCACCAUCAGCACGGUGGUGUGAGCAAGCCGCGCAGCGCAGUACAGCCGGACGCAGAAAGACACACACACACACACGCACGCAGCAGGCAAGCAGGCAAACAGGAAACAGGAAGUGCAGGUUGACAUACGCAGAUGGGCAGACCCCCUUCUGUUGGUGUGUGUACAGAGCUGGGCUGUAGACGGGUCACAAAGCAGAGAGCAGACCAACCCCAGGCUGCCUCCACAGACAGCACUGGUCAGCUGAGCUGAUCUACCCCGGGGGGGGUCAGGGAGUUACAAGAACCAGAACCA